AUGGGACAACAGCAAUCGAAAGGGGAAUUGCUGUAUCAGCAAGUGAGCUACGGUAACUCCGAAGGGAUUCUAUCUCUUCAUCGUGAAGGAGCUGACCUCGAGUGGAUGGAUAAAGAAGGGAAAACGCCUUUGAUCAUGGCUUGCAUGAACUCCGAGCUUUAUGAUGUCGCCAAGACUUUGAUCGAGUUAGGCGCUAAUAUUAAUGCUUAUACUCCAGCUCGCCAUGCAGGGACUCCUCUGCACCAUGCUGCUAAAAUAGGUCUUCAGAGCACUGCUAAGUUGCUUCUUACACAUGGUGCAAAUCCACUUGUUCUCAAUGAUGAUUUUCAGACACCACUUGAGGUCGCUAGAGCCAGAGGGUUCAGCCAUACCGUACGUGCUAUUGAGGUAUGUUCAUUUGUUUAUCAUAUCUGCUUGUUCUCUGGUUGGAUGCGUGAGUUUUACGGCCCGGCCAUUCUUGAUUUAUUUGCUCCUCAGCUUCUUUCCAGAAGAGUAUGGGUAGUCAUCGUACCAACUGGUUCAAGAAACCCUGCAAAGCAUCUCAAGUUGGAGCUGGUUGUUUAUGCUAGUUUGCAGGAUGCACAGCCACGCACAGUGAUGCCCUUGUGGAAAGCAAACUUGGAGGAACCAGAAGCGACGCAGUCUGAUACUUCAGUAAUUAUUGUCGAGAAUUCCACAAUCCGAAGCCGCAGGAGGCAAAGAAGAAAACGUAGACACCAAGUAGUUAGGCAAACACGUCUUAGACUCGCUCCCUCAACUGAAGGUGACGAACAACAGCUUAAAUGGUUUUGUGAUGCAUGUAAAGGAAUUCCUCAGCCAACACAUCCCCCAGUGUUUCUCCAAACAGCACCGUCUGCUCCACCACUUGACGCACCAAAUAUCAAUCAGCAUUCCAUUGGUGAAGCAAGUUCCUCAAUUGCACCACCUCCUCCUCCUCCCUCAGGAAAAGCAAACACCUCGGGUAUCAACAGCCAUGAAAGUGUUAUUGUACAUGAACCGUCACCAUCAGCUCCUCCAUUGAAAGAUGACGAUACAAAAACCUUAGAGGAAGGUUCAAUUCAUUACCCCAUAAUCGAUUCAACACCUGUUGAUGUCCUAUCUCCUCCUUUUCUACCAGCUUCAACAGAUGGUGAAAAGAAAGAAGAUGGGAGCUCUGGACAGUGUUCUAUAUGUCUUGACGCUCCAUCUGAAGCGGUUUGUGUCCCGUGUGGACAUGUCGCCGGAUGCAUGUCUUGCUUGACUGAGAUCAAGUUCAAGAAGUGGGGAUGUCCCGUGUGUCGUGCCAAGAUUGAUCAGAUCGUUAAAGUGUACCGUGUCUGA